GUGACUGGCUAGAUGGCCGUGUAGCUGAAAAAGAGGCGCCUGUGCCAAGCGCCCUCCGAAGACUUUCGAUAGCUCGCCCUCGUUUAUAGCCUCAAGUGACCUCACGAUGCGUUGGAUGAUCGUCUCUUGCAAGGAUGAAAUCGUGACAGUGGAGGUGACGAGAGAGGAGGCACCUCGUAUAGAUGACUAUAAAGACGAUGGGUAUGCCAGAGAUUUUCGACGAUUGGGCAGGUCGGCAGUUACAUUGGAUAUAGGUAGUUUGCUCUAAUGGGUUCCUAUACUGCUCGCCGCAGCCUAUGGCUGCGUUUUCUCGCCGUUAUCCAGGUCUUUUUCUCCCUGGUGCAUGCCCAAUACUCAUGGGCAACGUCCAUUUCUCGCUCAGGAUGGACAGUCUCAGCAGAUAGUUCCCAGCCGGGGAACGAGGCUGCCAAAGCCAUCGACGGCGAUAGCAGCACAUUUUGGCACUCAGCCUACUCGCCGACCAUUGCCCCUCUACCACAUUACUUUCAGGUGGAUAUGAAGAAGAGUUAUGUUAUCAAUGGCAUCUCAUACCAGCCGCGGCAAGAUGGUAGUUCCAAUGGCAAUAUUGGCCAGCACACAGUCACCGUGAGCAACGAUGGCACUACGUGGAGUAGUCCGGUGCAGUAUGGCACAUAUCUCAAUGACAAGACCACCAAGACCACCUUCUUCUCGAGCACCACAGCCCGUUAUGUCCGCAUUACUGCGCAAACAGAGGCUCAAGGUGCCAAUAAUCCGUGGUCAAGCAUCGCAGACCUGAAUGUCUUCAGUCCAGACGUCAACCUCAACCCUUCCACGUUCAAGCCGCCUCCUACUAGCCUAGGAAAAUGGGAAUCAACCCUAGUGUUGCCCAUUGUCCCCGUCGCUGGUGCACUAUCUGCCGAGGGGCACCUAAUUUUCUGGAGUGCAUAUCGACCAGACCUCUUCGGUGGCGGUACAGGUCAAACAUUGACCGCCUUAUGGACUCCUGGAUCUCAAACCGUGACGCAGCAUACUGUUUCAGAGACUCGCCACGAUAUGUUCUGCCCGGGAAUAUCCCUAGACGCGGAUGGCAACAUCGUCGUAACAGGUGGCAACGACAGCAAGAACACAAGCACGUACCACCCCUCCAGCUCAGGCUGGGAGAGCGCAGCACAGAUGGUGAUCGCGCGCGGUUACCAGUCGAGCGCGACGCUAAGCGAUGGCUCGAUAUUCACCAUCGGCGGGUCAUGGAGCGGUGGUAUUGGCGGUAAGGUCGGCGAGAUCUACUCGCCAGCUACCGACAAAUGGACAAAGCUUCCAGGCUGCGAUGUGGCACCGAUGCUCACAAAUGAUAACCAGGGCGUCUACCGCUCUGACAACCACGCCUGGCUCUUCGCGUACAAGAGCAACUCCGUGUUCCAGGCUGGCCCGAGCAAGAAAAUGAACUGGUACUAUGUCAGUGGUAAUGGAUCAUACAAGCCUGCUGGAACGCGUGCUGCGGACGGAGAUUCCAUGUGUGGCGUAGCUGUAAUGUUCGACGCAGCGAAGGGUAUGAUUCUCUCCGCCGGCGGAUCUCCAUCAUAUCAGGACUCCAAUGCAACUCCCAACGCGCAUCUCAUCGAGUUAGGCAAUGUAGGUGCGAUCCCGACCGUUACUAAGCUGCCCAGCAUGAAGUACGCUCGUGCGUUUCACAACAGCGCUGUCCUUCCCGACGGCACAGUGCUCGUGAUCGGCGGGCAAUCGUACCCUGUCCCGUUCACAGAUACGACACCCGUAUUCCCAGCAGAGCUCUUCGAUCCGAGAACGAAGACAUGGCGCACGCUGGCCUCGAUCGCCGUGCCGCGCACGUAUCACAGUGUGGCCCUCCUGCUGCCCGACGCCACGGUCGUCGCAGGUGGUGGGGGCCUCUGUGGCACAGGCUGUCGGGAGAACCAUUUCGAUAUGCAAGUAUUUUCGCCGCCGUAUCUGUUUAAAGCGGACGGCACGCGUGCUACCCGGCCCGUGAUUAGCUCCGUGUCGGCGACGAAGGUCACGCCUGGCACUUCGCUGACUAUUACAACGGCGCAGAGCGUCGCAUCCUUCUCGCUUGUGAGGUAUGGUUCCGCGACGCACUCUGUGAACACGGACCAACGACGCGUGCCUCUCACGCCUGUGAGUGUGGCAGGGCGUCAGUAUACUGUUAAGCUUCCCUCGGAGCCAGGCAUCUUAACCCCGGGGUACUGGAUGUUGUUCGCUCUUAAUUCGGCGGGCGUGCCGAGCGUGGCGACUACAAUCAGAGUCUCUCUUAACUGAGGUCAUUCGGGCUACGAGAGGCAAUUCCUAUGGUGCCAAAUACUUGCUGGGUUUAUUCCUGAGAGUAUUGAGGGUUAAAGCUAAUGCUAAUGCAGACAAAUGAACCUAUGAAUAAACGAUAGUUGUUGAUGAAGAAAUCCCUG